AUGCUUUACCGAACACACCACAACCCUUUUCUCUUCUCAUUCAACCCUUUUUCCCCCUCUUCUCAUCCUAAUUUGCUUUCCUCUUCACCUUCUCUGCAGGGCAUGGAGUGCGCACAAGGGCCUUUGAGAAGCGGUUCUGGGCCGGAGAUGGGGUUGAAAAGCACACCUCAAACGAUGCUUUUUGAUGACUUUUUGGCGGUUAAUGGUGCCCAAAGCGGCGUUUCUGUUGAUGACCUCUUUGUUGAUGACCUCCUUGACUUCUCCAAUGGCUUUUCCGAGACAGAGGAGGAAGAACCGGAAAAACAUGAACCGGAAAAACAUGAACAAAAAACGGUAAAUGAUAUAAGCCACCCCAUUAACAGUGCUUCCUCUGUAAAAGAGGAUUUUGGGUCUCUUCCUUGCAACGAACUAAGCGUUCCGGCAGAGGAUUUGGAGAAUUUAGAGUGGUUAUCUCAUUUUGUGGAAGAGUCAUUCUCCGAGUAUUCCCUCACCGGGAAGUUGCCACCGAACCCGACCGAGAACCGGUCGGAACCGGAAGUCUUUGUUCCAGAGAAGCCCCGUUUCACCACUCCGGUUCAGACCAAGGCCAGAACGAAACGAACCAGGACUGGUGUACGAAUUUGGCCACUGGGGUCGCCGGAGACGUCGUCUUCAUCCUCAUCUUCAACCUCUUCAACGACGUUGUUUCCAGCUCCAAGUCCCUGUCUCGUUUAUGCAAGCCCGGGUCAGAGCCAGACCGCCGAGUCUUUUCUAGGAAACCUUCCGUUCAAGAAGCAGAAAAAGAAACUAACUGAACCCGUCGGCGGUGUUGGAGCACCAAGGAGGUGUAGCCAUUGUGGCGUUACCAAGACCCCACAGUGGCGGGCCGGUCCGCUUGGUGCCAAAACCCUUUGUAACGCAUGUGGAGUGAGAUAUAAAUCGGGCCGCCUCCUACCCGAAUACAGACCCGCCUGUAGCCCCACUUUCUCAAGUGAGUUACAUUCCAACAACCACCGGAAAGUUUUAGAGAUGCGGCAGAAAAAGGAAGUGGACGCCGCUGCCGGUUCCGCGCCGGCCGUUCCAAGUUUUUGA